CCAUUAAAAUGGUGGCCAGGCUCUUUCCUGUUGUACUUUUCAUAGCUAGUAUUCGCUGUGACGAUGGUGUUCUGGAUAUACAAUAUCCUAGUCUCUCCGUGCACGCACCGGCUGAUGGCGACAUUAUUCUACAGUCUGGUUACGACCUGAAAGAUGUAUACCUCAAACCAGGACCGGGCGGAUCCGUGAUGUUUGAGAACGACGACAUUCUGAAAAUCAUAGAGGUGGCAAAAAGCAUGCCUCCGAUUUGGUCAAAGCAUGCGCACAUGGGUUUCUUUGGAACAUUUAUUGGCGAGCAGAGAAUCAACAUCAAACUUGAUGCCGAGGAUCCUGAAGGUACGAAUCUCCAUUUCAUGGUUGUUUCUGGAGAACUACCGGAAGGCGUGACCCUGAACAACGUCACGGGUCAUAUUACAGGCAUUAUACCGGAUGUAGAAGACAUUUUCAAGUUUACCAUUCGGGCCAUCGAUGAACACAACAAAUAUGCUGACGCUCUUUUCAAAAUGGAAACUAUUGUGAAAGAUCACUGUGAAACAAACCCUUGCUUACACGGUGGAACGUGUACAGAUACAAAAGGUUGGUUCAACUGCACAUGCCGAACCGGAUAUGGAGGUCCAAGAUGUGAAUUUUCUUGUGUGUCCCAGAGUUUGGGGGUAAAUGAUAGAAACAAGAUACCAGAUGCGCAAAUGUCCGGAUACCUUACGUACAGUACCUACUUGGAAUCUAAUGGACGAUAUGGUGCUUCUGGAUAUGGAUGGGUGGGAUCUAACAGCAACUCGUGGUUACAGGUAGAUUUAGGUAACCUGACCAAAGUGUACGCUGUACGGAACCAGGGUUACAGUUCUUCGUACUACAGUACCGCAUACACCCUUUCUGUUAGCGUAGAUGGCACCACAUUCCUCUCCGUUAACAACACAAAUGGAGGAAAACAUGCCUUUCAUGCAUCCACUGGGAAUUACAAGUAUUCACUUCCGGUUCCUGUUGAUGCGCGAUUUGUUCGAUUUCAUCCUACUUCAUAUCACAACAAACCGCAACUGAAGGUAGACCUAUAUGGAUGUCAUUACCAGCGACAAACAAAAAUUCUUUAACUCUUGAAAUAACAAUUGUGGGAUUUUCUUUUAAUAAUUAAAACUUGUAAAGAAAAAAAA